CACAGGUCUUUUUAAUUUCAAACCGCCAUUCAGAUCUGCGACUGUUAUUCCCUACUUUUUUCGCAACACUUUCUCUCUAUAAAAACUACAUUCUCGCACAAAAUUCAGAUUUGUUUUGGUUUUUUCGCUUUUGAGAUGAUGUGGAGAAUCGGUGUUUUUGUUCUUGUGACUCUCCUUUCUCUACAAUCUGCGCUCUGUGACCAAACGCCGGAGAGUUCACCGUCUCCGGCUCCCGAACCCUCCGCAGAUUCGCUGUCUCCAUCGCCGGUGUCCGUAUCUCCUGAUUCCGCUCCAGCGAACUCCCCGCCGUCUCCACCAGCACCUUCUCCUACAGAUCUCAGUGACGCUCCCACACCUUCACCUGCGGCUUCUCCUGCUCCUGCGCCGAAGGAUGCCAGCGAGGUGAAUAACGAUGACGUUCACGCUAAUGACGAAUCUAAGGGCUCCUCUGGCGGUAUGAGCGGUGGCAGGAAGGCGGGGAUCGCGGUCGGAGUGCUUGCUGCGGCUGGCGUGGUUGGAUUGGGAGCGUUUGUAUACAAGAAGCGCCAGCAAAAUAUCAGGCGGUCCGAGUACAGCUACGCGGCGAGACGGGAGUUUCUGUGACUGAAGAUAUUGAUCUCUCCUCCAGAGGUUAUGAAUAUCUAUCGUUUAGUUUAUGAUUAGUAUACCAAUAUAUCUUUAAUUCUUCAUUAUUCUUUAGAGAUUUUAAAACAUUCAUUUAGUCAAUGUGAGUAAAAUUGUGUGGUAAUAGACUACUUAGUAUAGAUUUAUAGAUUGCGCUUCGUUAUUAAUGUUGCAUAAUAAUUUUUACAAUGGAUCAGAUGAAUUUUAAUCAGCAUCUGUUUGAUGAUGAUUUUGGUU